UUUUUAAUUUUGAAGUUUAGAGGGGAGAGAGAGAAGAGUGUGACAGUGUUUUCUCAACCAUCUCGAUCUUCUUCUCUCUCUACUAAAGACUUUUUACUAUUUCAGUUCUAAUUUUAAGGAUAGUGAUGAUUUUCUCUGAGAUUAGUAAUUAGGAUUAUCAGAGAAAGAGAGAGAGAGAGAGAGAGAGAGAGAGAGAGAGGUGGGUUUAUUAAUGUAUGUGAAGGUAGGAACCGUAUCUGUCUCUGUCUUCUCCAAACCAUCUCUUAGGGUUUUAAUUCUGCUUAAAAAAAUCUAGGGUUUGUUUCUGUCAGUGAUUUAUGAUGAUGUGUGAGAGUGGAAGAUGAGAGUGUUGUCCAUAAACAAUGGUGGAUCGAAGAAGCGCAUUGUGUUUCGUCUCAUCCUUCUUCUUCUUGUCUCUGUUACUGUUCGACUGCGUCGCCGUUGCGAAACAACGGACUCGAUUCGACGAGCUGCUCACUCUGCUUCGUCUCAGGUCCACUCUCGGUUUAAAAGGAACCGAUUGGCCAAUCAAAGGCGAUCCCUGUCGCGUCUGGAGAGGGAUACAAUGCGACGGCAACGGAAGCAUCAUCGGGAUCAACAUCUCCGGUUUCAAGAGGACGAGGAUCGGUAAGCAGAAUCCUCAGUUCGCCGUUGAUCCGCUCCUUAAUCUCACUCGCUUAGCUUAUUUCAACGCGUCUGGAUUUGAAUUGCCUGGUUCUGUUCCUUAUUGGUUUGGUGUUAGUUUGACGACAUUGCGCGUCUUGGAUCUUAGCUCUUGUUCCGUGGACGGUGUUGUUCCCGUAACACUCGGUAACCUCACCAGCUUGGUGAGUUUGAACUUGUCUCGUAACAGUCUCACCGGUUCGGUUCCGAGCAGUUUAGGGGAGCUGUCGAGUCUUUCGGAGCUUGAUCUCUCUAGGAACACGCUCACCGGAGCUCUUCCUCCUUCGUUCAGCUCGUUGCUGAACCUCACGAGUCUUGAUGUUUCUUCUAAUUACCUCACUGGUCCAAUCCCUCCUGGUGUGGGAUUGCUGUCGAAGCUUCUCUACUUGAACUUCUCAAGCAAUAGCUUCUCGUCUUCGAUUCCUCCAGAGCUUGGAGAUCUCGUCAAUCUUGUUGAUCUUGAUCUCAGCAUCAACUCAUUGUCUGGUUCAGUUCCUCUGGAGUUUAGAAAGUUAACGAAUCUGCGGAACAUGGUGAUUGGUGACAACCUCUUGAGCGGAGCUUUACCAGCUGAUCUGUUUGGUGCUAUGAGCCAGCUUCAGAGCUUACUUCUGAGAGAAAACGGUUUCUCCGGUAAUCUACCUGAUGCGUAUUGGUCUUUGCCCAAGUUACGGAUCCUCGACAUUGCUAAGAACAACUUCACUGGGAUGCUACCGAACUCUAGCUCUGGUCCGAAUGCAGAUGUGGUCGAUAUCUCCUCGAACAUGUUCUACGGCGAGCUCACAAGGAUUCUCACAAGGUUCAGUGCCAUGUACCUCUCAGGUAACUACUUUGAAGGCAAGGUUCCAGAUUAUGUGCUCAGAGCAAACGCGUCUCUGACCAGAAACUGCCUUCAAAACGAGAAGAGACAGAAGUCUUCAGAAGAUUGUUCAUCCUUCUACACAGCUAAAGGGUUAGACUUUGAUGAUUUCGGACGUCCUACUUCUAAAAAGGCUUCUUCUACAGGGCUAAGCCGCAGGACUGUGAUUAUAUUAGCAUCAGUCGGUGGAGGGAUUGGUUUUAUUCUGAUAUUCAUUCUCUUGCCCAUUCUUGUGGUUCUAUGGAUGCGUCGAAGAGGCAGAGAGGGUCAAGGAGGGGGCGGUGACAGACCCAAACCUGUAACCGAAGCUUCUCAGCCACCUAAAGGAGCACAGACCUUUGAUUUGUCGCGUCUUGGGAAUGCGUUUACGUAUGAUCACCUUCUCCAAGCGACAGGGGACUUCAAUGAUGCCAAUCUGAUCAAACGUGGCCACUCCGGGAGUUUGUUCCGAGGCUUCUUGGAUAACGGAACGCCCAUUGUUAUAAAGAAGAUCAAUACGAAGGAGAGUAAAAACGAAGGGUAUAUAGCGGAGCUUGAGCUGUUGAGUAAAGCUGGACACCAGAGGCUGGUUCCAUGUCUUGGACACUGCUUGGAGAAUGAGGGGCAGAAGCUAUUGGUGUACAAGUUUAUGAGGAACGGAGAUCUGGCUAGCGCUUUGUUUAGGAAGUCGGACAACGAAGGUGAUGGGUUGAAGUCUUUGGAUUGGAUAACAAGGUUGAAGAUUGCUCUUGGUGCAGCCGAGGGGCUAGCUUACUUGCAUCACGAGUGUUCCCCACCUCUUGUUCAUAGAGAUGUGCAAGCAAGUAGUAUACUUCUUGAUGAUAAGUUUGAGGUACGUCUUGGAAGCCUAAGCGAGGCAUACGUUCAAGGUGAUGCUUAUCAGAGCAGGAUUUCUCGUUUACUUCGGUUACCACAAUCGACUGAAGCAUCCUCUUCAGGUGCAGCAAAUGCAACAUGCGCCUAUGAUGUCUACUGCUUCGGCAAAGUGUUACUUGAGCUAGUCACGGGGAAGCUCGGGAUCAGCUCGCCGGACAACGCAGAGGCAAAAGCAUACAUGGAAGAAGCUUUGCAAUACAUCAGCACAAACGAGAAGGAGCUAGUGACCAAGAUCCUAGACCCGUCGUUAUUGGUGGACGAGGACCUUCUAGAAGAAGUCUGGGCGAUGGCUAUCAUCGCAAAGUCAUGCCUAAACCCAAAACCAACAAGAAGGCCGUUGAUGAGACACAUAGUGAACGCACUUGAGAAUCCGUUGAAAGUAGUGAGAGAGGAUACCAACUCUGGCUCAGGCUCUUCACGGUUGAGAACAAACUCGUCGAGAGGGUCUUGGAACGCUGCUAUAUUCGGGAGCUGGAGGCAAAGCGCGUCGGAUGUAACAGCUGUUCAAGCUGUAGGAACAACAAAUGGUGGUGGGGGUUUGAUAAACUCAGGGUCGCAAGGGAGCAGUGGAAGGAAUAAUAACAAUGGGAACUCAUCGUCGAGAAGAAGGCAGUCUAGUGAGAUUGUGCCUGAACCUGCAGCUUAUGGGGAAGAUGUAGUUCUCAGGUGAGAGGAUAAGAUUUUUAGGAUUGGUUCAUCGAUUCUUUGUGUCGUUAAUAACCAGAGGCAAAGAGAGUCCUCUCAGGUAGCAGCAUAGAAUAUGUUUUUUUGUUCAAGAUUAUUAUUUUUCUUCGUCUCCUUAUUUAUUUUGUCUUUUUUUUUUUUGGGUUAGGAUUGGCGGGGUUAGAAUUGUAAUUCACAUUUUCUAGAUCUUUGUAAAUUUCAAUUCUUGGAGAUUGGGUUUUCCUCGGCUGGUUAAAAGGGAAGAUUGGUUUCGUUUAAAUUUUUCAGUUCCACUUUCUUCGUUUUGAUUCCAUCUGAUCUGCUACCGAACGUGUGAAUUAAAAUGGCCGUUGACUAUUUUAUUUACAAGUGGGAAGCUUCGCAUUACGAUAAAUAAGAAGGUUCUACCGAGAUUUGAACUCGGGUUACUGGAUUCAGAGUCCAAUGUCCUAACUGCUAGACCAUAGAACCACUUUGUUAUACCCGUUUUAUUUGCUUAUUAUAAUAGAUCUGAUUAAACAUGUCCAUAAUUGUUUACGUUUUGUUGAUUUUUAAUAUUAUUUAUUCUUCCAACCACGCAUAAAUAUUUUACGUUUUGUUUUUCUAAAAAUCAUUAUUAUCAAAUUAGUUUGAUACGUUUUCUGUUUUUCUGUCUUAAUUUUACCAUAUAUGUAGUACGUGAUUAAAUACAAAAUUAUAGAGAAAUAGUCUUAAUAAAUAAGGUUUUUCUUCACAAAAACACUCAAAGACUUAAAUUGAUUUAUUUAAGUUUCAUUAAAUAGGGUAAAUUACCAUUGUGUCUCUCACAAUUCUCUAGUUACAUUAUAUUAAAUUAUAUUUAAAUUUUUAAUUUUCAUAAAUUAUGCUCUCGUCAUUGGCGAUCUCCCACAGCUCCUCCGUCAUCAGCUCGUCAUCGAAGAAAUCUUUGUAUCUCUUCCUCUUCGCCAUCACAUCUUCUUCAUCAUCACAUCAAUUCGUCGUUGUCUUUUUUUUUUUUGACAUCGAAAAUAGAAAUCUAAAGCAACUAGUUCGUAGCUUCUUGGCCAGCAUAAGGAGCUAGCCAACUUGGUGCAAAACAGCUUACGAAGGGGGUGACAAAGACUCGUGAUCUUCCUCCUUUUGCAAGGGAGUCCGCACGGGUGUUCAUCCUUCUUGGGAUGUAUGCUAUAGAGAACUGAGUGAAUUUGUAGAAAGAGCUUUAAUCUCAUCUAUCUCAGGUGCCAUUGAAGGCCAGUCUUCAUCCUCUUCGAUGAGUUUGAUCAGUUGGUUGCAGUCUGUCUCAAAUCGUAUCUCUCUGUUUCCAUGUUUCAAAACCUCUUGCAUAGCCCACAUCAGUCCCUCUGCUUCUGCAUGAAGAGCAGACACAUCAUGUCUUCUUCCUUGCGCUCCAAACAAGACCGGGGUACCAUCGUCAAGCAGUAUGAAGCCCAAUCUAGCCAUGUCUUUCUCGUUUAUCCAAGACGCAUCCGUUUGGCAUCUCCAUCGAGUUGAGCGGGUCGUCUGUGUUGCCCUGGUCUCUGUUCUCUGUUGCUCCAUUGCUUCUCUUUCCGGCUCCACUUCUACUCUCUACGCUAACAUCCAGCUUUCAGCUUCCUUGACUGCUAUUUGGAGUGUAUCCAUUGGUGUUAUAUCCUUAUUCUUGAAGACUUUUCAUUACGUGCUUUCCAAAUAUACCAAGCAAUCCAAGGAAAUGCACCUAACACAUCAGAGCUCACUCCAUUGGCCUUUGCACGUAGGAGUAGAAAGUCCAUGUUUGCGUACAGAGAGUCGCACGAGAAAACUCCCGGAAGAGAUGGCAUCGGGGAUAACUCCCAGCAUUGUAGCGCAAGCGGGCACUCGAAGAGAGUAUGGUUGAUAGACUCGCUGUCUGCACCGCAACGGACACAUAUGCUAUCUCGAGCACAAUGCCUUUCGUUUAGUUGUUUCGCUGUCGCCAUGUAUCCUGCUGUAGCUUGCCAUAGAAAGUGUUUGAGCUUUCUCGGAGCCUUGAUCUUCCAUAUCACACUCUUUAGUCCUAUCGUGCUUGGUUCUCUUGUUUCGGGGUUGUUUACUGUCGUUGUCUAAUUACGAUAGAGUUAACUUGAGUUUACUCUCUACGAUCGAUUCAACGUUCGUAAAACGUGGAAUUGAAAUUUACCUAUGGAAGAUCUUGAAAGAGAAGGAUCUUCAAACGCAGUAAACUCAAGAACACCAAAGAAUUUUAUUAGAUUUGAGAAAAAUGUUUACAAUGAUUUUGAAUGAAUGAAAAAAAUACAACACUCUGUGUUUUAUACUUUGUUUUCCUCCGUAACAACUUCGUAACAACCUUCUUUGAUCGUCCAUUGAGCUUCUGCCAUCCGUCCUUCUUCAGCUACGCUUCUUAACGACUCUAACAACCUCCUCUCCACUAUUCUGUUGCCAUCUGUCCUUCUUCUUUAACUCUUACACACCCUCCCUCUCCAAAGAACCUUGACCACAAGGUUAAGUUGAGAAGUGUGGAUACUUGCGCUGAAAUUCAAACAUAAACUCUCAAGUGGCUUCUUCUUCCAACUGAUUUUCCCAUUUAACAAGUAUCAUAGUAGCAGCUUGAAUCUUCCUGUUCACCAUCUUCCUCUCCAAAAUACACUCCGAUGUUUUAAUCAGUGGCUCAUAUAUGACCGACGAUAGUUGUGUAGUAGUAGAGACAUUACCCACCAGCUUCUUUAACUGAGAUAUAUGAAAGACUGGAUGAAUUUGGGAUGUCGUAGGCAGCUCCAGCUUAGACGCAACCGAACCAAACUUAUCCAAGAUCUUAUAUGGUCCAUAGUACUUCGGAGAUAUCUUGUUUGAAGUUCUAUGAGCCACCGUUUGUUGUCUAUACGGUUGAAGCUUCAAGAAUACCCAAUCUCCAAUCUCAAAACUUUUAUCACUUCGAUGGCGAUCUGCCAAUUGCUUCAUUCUGUGUUGAGCCCUCAAUAGAUGAAACUUGACAAUCAGCAGCAUCUUCUCCCUUUCUUCCAAACAUUUAGCUACUACCUGUACCUUAAACUCUCCAAGAAGGUAGGGCAAGUGAAUUGGUGGCGGUUGACCAUACACUAUCUCAUAAGGCAUGGAGUUAGUAGCCGUAUGGUAGUUGGUGUUGUACCAAUAUUCAGCUAGUGGUAACCAUUUGCUCUACAAGUAUGGUUUAUCACUCGUCAUGCACCUCAAAUAGGUCUCCAAACACCUAUUAACAACCUCCAUUUGACCAUCGCUUUGCGGGUGAUAAGCCGUUGAUGUGUUCAAAGAACAAGCCUCUAACUUGAACAGUUCUUGCCAAAACUCACUGAGAAAGACUGAGUCCCUAUCACUGACAAUAGAACAAGGAAACCCACAAAGCUUGUAAACAUUAUCCAAGAAUUUUUGUGCCACAGAAGCUGCAGUAUAUGGGUGUGAUAGUGCCAUGAAGUGCGCUUCGUUGCUCAAUCGAUCUACCACCACAAGGAUUACAUAUUUUCCAAUAGAGACCGGUAAUCCAUCAAUAAAGUCCAUGGAUAUGUCAAUCCACAUGGCCUCCAGAAUAGGUAAUCGUUGUAAGAAGCCAGGACUCGCAGCUGUAUCGUACUUACAACUCUGACAUAUCACACAACUCCUGAGAUAGGCUUGUAUAUCCUUAGCCAAGCCCUUCCAGUAAAAUAGACCUUUAACCCUCUGAAUCGUUACAUCUCUUGUUGAAUGCCCACUCUGACCAGAGCCAUGUAACCAUUCCAAGAUUAAGUUCCUUAACGCCACCUUGUUAGGUACUACAAUCUUAUUAUUCCUCCUGAGAAUAUCACUACAAGAAAUAUGGGUAUUGGUAGCAGUUCACGGUAGCACGAAUUCACGAAGUGCUACUAAAAGUUGUUAAAUCCGAAACCCGACUUUUUCGUAGCUUUAUUUAAUCGCUAGUGAAAAAUUUCAUUAACCCGGGAAAUAAAAUGAAUAAAAAAAUACAUUAAUAGCGGUAAAGUGUAAAGGGCUUGGUUUAUUUUUGGUCUUUUCCUCCUCUCCUUCUCAUCAAUACCUCGAUCUCUCCAAAAUUUCACGAAGAUCUUCCUGCCGGUGCUGUUGUCGUCGCCGGCGGUCAGAUUGCAGGCGAAACCCAGUUUCGAUUUUGUCUGUAUUAACCCAAGUCAGGUUAGAGAUAAUCAAAUCUGUCUCGGAUUGAUAUCGUGAGGACUGAAGUUUGAUUUUUUUUUGGGCUUAUACAAUUUGAUUUGUGGUUCUUGUUUGUUCUCUUUUGAUUUGCAGGUUUGAACUUUUGAUUGUUCAUUUCUGGAGUGAAGUCGAGUUGAAAUCUGAAGGAUCUUAUUGAGGUGAUUCUUUUUCGACCAUUUUAUAUUGUGUGUUGAUUGUGUGAGUUUUAAUAUCUGAUUGUUUGACGAUUGAGUAGUUGAUUGUUUACUGGUUCUUAUGUGAAUGACAAUGUGUGUGUUUGGUGUUUGACAUACUCUUAUGGGUUUGUUUUAUUUUUUUGGUUAUCGGUUAGAAACUUAGAACAUAAAAAUGGUGAAAAGUCAUGGGUUCAUCUAAACAGGUAAGGAAAAACAAUAUAUAUUAUAGUUACUGUUUUUUUGUGUUUUUUGUGUGAUUAAAAGGGUUAAAAUUAUGCUUUCAUGUGUCUUAACCGAAGAGCUGAUCCUCGUUAUGAGAGAGGUGCGUGGGAGUUUGUGAGGUGUGUUGGUGCAGAUUUAGCAGAGUGUGAGUUGGUCAUUUGCCCAUGCAUAGACUGUCGCAAUGUAGAUCGUCACUCAGCCGAUGUUGUUGUUGAUCAUUUAGUAACUAGGGGAAUGUAUUUGAGUUACAAGCUGCGGGAGGAUUGGUAUCAUCAUGGAGAAGUAAUAUCAGGGGCUGACUGUAGAAGCAAUGCAAGUGAGAGGAACAAAGAGAUUUUAGGGUUAUACCAAGCAGCUGAGUUUCUUGAUGAAGAUUUUAUUAGGCAGUGUGAUCUAAGUGAGGUUGCUGAAGGUGAAGAUAAGGAAGAAGAUGAGUUUCUUGCUAAGCUAGCAGAUUCAGAGACACCUCUGUAUCCAAGUUGUGCUAACCACAUCAAGCUGUCGGCGAUAGUUUCACUCUUUAGGAUAAAUACACAGAGUGGUUGGUCUGAUAGAAGCUUCGAUCUUUUGCUGGAGACUUUGCCACAGAUGCUACCCGAGGAGAACGUCUUGUACACAUCCUUGUACGAAGUGAAAAGGUUUCUGAAAUCUUUUGACAUGGGCUAUGAGAAGAUACACACUUGUGUGAACGACUGUUGUCUGUUCAGAAAGGAGUUUGAGAAGCUAGACAACUGUCCGAAAUGCAAUGCUUCAAGAUGGAAGAUUAACAUGCGCACAGAUGAUGUGAAGAAAGGUAUUCCACAGAAAGUUCUGAGAUAUUUUCCGAUAAUUCCACGUCUGAAGAGGAUGUUCAGUUCAGAGGAAAUGGCGAAGGACUUAAGGUGGCAUUUUAAUAACAAGAGCACUGAUGGAAAAAGCAGACAUCCAGUUGAUUUUGUUACUUGGGAUCAAAUGAAUGACAAAUACCCGUUAUUUACUGCUGAAGAAAGGAAUCUUAGGCUUGGACUGUCCACUGAUGGGUUCAAUCCUUUUAACAUGAAGAAUGUGAACUACAGUGCUUGACCGGUUUUGCUAGUGAAUUACAACAUGUCACCUGAGAAGUGUAUGAAGGAGGAGAACAUCAUGUUGUCAUUGCUGAUUCCUGGUCCAACCCAACCUGGAAACAAUAUUGAUGUGUACUUAGAACCACUUAUAGAGGAUCUAAACCAUCUGUGGGAGCAAGGAGAGGUCACGUAUGAUGCAUUCAGUCACACCACUUUCAAGUUAAGAGCAAUGCUUCUGGACCAUUCAGGAUUUUCCUGCGUAUGGAAAUCUUGCAGGGUGUAAGGUAAAGGGCAAAAUGGGAUGUCCUGUGUGUGGGAAAAACACAGAUAGUAUGUGGCUCACUAAUUGCAGGAAGCACGUAUAUAUGUCCCAUCGGAAAGGUCUACCUCCGAGACAUGCUUAUCGUGGAAAGAAAUCAUGGUUUGACGGGAAAGCUGAGCAUGGGAAAAAGGGUAGGAUUCUGAGUGGUCAUAACAUAAGCCAAAUACUCAGAAAUUACAAGAAUGAUUUUGGAAAUGCGAAAGUAACUGGAACCAAGAGGAAGAUUAUAGAGCCUGUUGGAUCAGAGUCGGAUGAUGAAUUCAGUGAAUCAGAGGAAGAGGAAGAAGCAGUAGAUGAGGAGGAGCUAUCUAGAUGGAAGAAGCGGUCAAUCUUUUUCAUGUUGCCUUAUUGGGAGGUAUGUUUCUUAUCUAGUUAUCUGUCAACUUUUUUAAUAAAUGUUCUAUCUCUAGCUUUCUUUGACACUCUUAUGUGUGUUUGUUUUGUAUAGGAACUCCCGGUUAGACACAAUUUAGACGUGAUGCACGUCGAGAGAAAUGUUGCUGCAAGCCUUAUCGCAACGUUGUUGCAUUGUGGAAAAUCAAAAGAUGGACUUAACGCUCGAAAAGAUCUUGAACUGCUUGGCAUUAGGAAGGAUUUACAUCCUCAACCCCGUGGGAAAUGAACUUACCUUCCUCCAGCUCCUUGGUCUUUGUCCAGCAAAGAGAAGAAAAUAUUUUGCAAGCGUCUAUCUGAAUUUCAUGGUCCGGAUGGUUACUGCUCAAAUAUAUCAAGGUGUGUGAAGCUGGAGGAAUGUAAGAUAUAAGGAAUGAAAUCACAUGAUUACCAUGUGUUGAUGCAACAGCUUCUUCCGGUUGCGAUUAGAGGUAUCAACUGACGCUCUUUUAACUUUGUAUUUGUCCAGAAGUAGAUGUCUUCAGUCUGAUCUCCAAUGGUUCUUUAUUGCAGGGUUAUUACCUAAAGGUGUUAGGAUAGCUAUUGGACGGAUGUGUGCUUUCUUUCAUCAUCUCUGUCAGCGAGUUAUUGAUAGAGAGAAAAUAGAGAUUAUGGAAACAUAAAUUGUGGAAACUCUAUGCAUGUUUGAGAGGUUUUUUCCGCCAAGUUUCUUCGAUAUAAUGGUGCAUUUGGUAGUUCAUCUAGGCAGGGAACCUCGGUUAUGUGGACCUGUCCAUUUCUGUUGGAUGUACCCAUUUGAGAGGUACACUUAUACCUUCUAAGUUGUUAUCUUAUGCAGUAAAAAAUCAUGCUUCUAACCUUCGAUGAAUUUGAUCUUAUUCAGGUACAUGAAAGUGCUGAAAGACUUCGUAAGAAACCCUGCAAGACCAGAGGGUUGUAUUGCUGAAGCGUAUCUCGCAGAGGAAUGCGUUAGGUUCUGCAGUGAGUUCUUGAAAAAGACAACAAGUUAUGAGGAGAAACGUGAAAGGAAUACUGAGUUCGAGAGCAGCUCUAUUCUGGAGGGACGUCCAAUAUCCGCAGGCACUGAUUGUGUUCUUUCUGAGAAGGAUAUGAACAUUGUACAUCUUGCUGUGAUUCACAAUAUGGCAAUCGUGGAACCUUAUGUGGAGUAAGUCUUGUAUUUUUUUUAAAUAAAUUACUGCUGAGUGUUUGUAUCUUGAGAUGCUAAUAAUUUGUCAUGUUUUAAUUUGCAGCAUGCACCUACAACAUCUACAGGACAGUAAUGAAAGAUGUAGACGUGAUGCAACAACAUUAUGGAGAAUCCAUACUCAGAAAUUUGCAUCCUGGUUAAAAGAGCAGGCAAGUUCCUAAUCUGAGCAAGAAUUUUAUUGUCAUGGUGUUUUGUUAUAGAUAUGUAUUGACAGUUAACAUUUUCUGUUAUAGAUACCAAUUACUUCACAGAAUCACGAAGAAACACUGAAGUGGUUGCCCUACGGUCCUCGCGCAAGCGCAAGGGCUUACAGUGGCUAUAUCAUUAAUGGUCUGCGGUUUCACACCAUUUCAGUUGACAUGCAAACUCAGAACAGUGGUGUUUUAUAUGAGGCAACAGAAAUAUGUCGAUCUAGUGCAAAAGACACUUCUCAGAUGGUUGAUUUAGUAACUUACUAUGGAAGAGUGGUGGAGAUUCUACUGAUCGACUACAAUACAUUCUACAUUCAUGUAUUCCGCUGCCAAUGGGAAAACAUAGGAAAUGGAGUGAAGGUAGAAGAUGGCUUCACACUAGUCAACCUGAACCAAAGGCAAAUGGCUUUUGCUAGAGAUCCAUACAUCCUCGCCUCACAAGCCAAGCAAAUAUUUUAUUCUAGAGUAGAUGAGUCAUCCAGUUGGUAUGUAGCUAUGAGAGGUCCUACAAGAAGAUACAGUGAAGACGAUUGUGAAGAUGGUCAUGCAGAUGUUGGUCCAUUGCCAGCAGUUGUAGCUAUGGAUGCUGAUGACUUGAUUGAUGAUUCUAGAAAUGCCAGGGCGGACUGUGAAGGUAUUUAUGUUUGAAAGGAAACAUUUUUUUGGUUGAUAUUGCAGAUGUUGUGAUGAAUGUUUGAUGGGAGGAACAUGUUUUUGUUUGUAAUGAAAUUAUCUGCGUUUGCGUUGCUUGAGUGUUGUCUGUUUUGAUCUUAUUCUAUGUUUUCUUAGUCUUGUUUGUUUAAGUUCCAGCAUUUUGUUAUGUGUUUCAUUGUGUUUUUAGACAUUGACACUUACUCACUCUUUUAUGUUUCAGGUGAACCUUGAUGGGGAAUCGUAAGAACAAGCGUGUGAAGAAGUCAAGGACACCGAAGAAGAAGCAGACAUAAGUGGAGCAAUUGGUAGAAAUGGAGGUUGAAAUGGAGGAAGAAGAGCAAUUCCUCGAAGAAGUACCAAAUAAAGAAGUUUCAGAGUAAGAAGAGCAACUCCUCGAAGAAGUACCAAACAAAGAAUUUUCAGAGGAAGAGGAGCAAAAUGAAAUGGAGGAAGAAAAGCAGAAUGAAAUGGAGGAAGGAGAGCAAAAUCAAAUGGAGGACGAAGAGCAUGAUGAAAUGGAGGAAGAAGAACAUGACCAAAUGGAGGAGGAAGAACUUGAGGAAGCUGAUGAACAUCAGACUCAGACUGACACAAUUACUCAGCGUAAAAGACGUCGAGGAGUAACGAAGAUGAAGCAGAUUGCCAAGGAUCCAAAUGAACGGCUACAUGUUGACUUCACCGAUUUGGGAGAACCUUGUGGUCCAGGGUCAGUAAUGUUAUCCUCCUACUUGGGUCCCUUAGUACGUGAACAUGUUCCUGUGGUCAUUGAUAACUGGAGGAAGGUUACUGAAUAUAUCAAAACUGUGCUAUGGUAGUCUAUUAUGGUAACCUGAAUAAACUUAUACAUUUAUCAUGUAUUUUGGUUAUAUGCUAAUGUGUCUCCCAUACGUGAAUGCAGAUGAGGUUUGACGUGGACGAAGAGUUCAAAAAGGAUGAUUUGUUUAAGCAGAUGGAAUGUUUGUGGAGAGCAUCCAAAUCACGUCUGGUAACCACAAUCAGGAAUGCUCCUACAAUGAAAGCAAGGAUGGAGUUGCGACCCAAGAAUGUAACUCCAACUUAAUGGCGUAAAUUCGUUAGAGAGAAGACAAGUUAUGCCUUCAAGGUUGUCAGUGACACUUACAUGGAAAGAAGACAGAAGCAGAUCCCUCACACUUGCGGUCGUAAAGGAAUGGUGAGAUUGAGAGAAGAUCUGGUUAAGGCUAGCGAAGACCCAUCAAAAGUGUCAAGGCUAAGAGUGUGGGUCAAAUCACAAACUAAGAAGGAUGGAACGCCUGUCAAUGUGAAUGCGGCUGAAAAGAUAGUAAGUCAAAAUCAAUCUGACCACAUAGAUUUUAUGAAGUUUGAUUGUCUGCUGCUUGUUGAUAUAAUAAUUUGUCAUGUGUUUCCAGAGAAAGGCGUCAGAGAUAGAACUUGAGGGUCGUGAAGAUUCAACCUCAACGAAUCCAAAGCAUGAUCUGAUAACUGAGAUAUUGGGACCUGAUCAACCUGGCAGGUUGAGAGCAAUGGGCAGAGGCAUUAGUAUUACCAAAUUAAACUGUUUACAAAUUAAGAACAACUUCAUGGCUGCCAUGGAAAAAAAACAUGUGUCUCUGGAGAAACAGGUUUAUGAUUUGCAGCAGCAAAUUGCCAUGAUGAAUAAUCAGGGACAAGAAACUGAUGUCAGUGAAAACUUGAAUAACAAGGUAUGGACUGGCUUCCUCUGUCGUAAUCUAUAUCUAUAAUUGUAGAUAUGAAUUGAUUUGAAACUUUUGUAUUUCACGUAGAGUGUAAAUACCAAGUUACUUCUGAAGUGUUAAUAUUGUGGACUGGUCUGCUGUCGAUGUCAAUGUUGCUGAGGGACGGGUUGUUUCAUCGGAACCUGAGGAGUUAGUUAAUGGGAUUCCGUUAGGGCCUAAUGCUGUGAAGGUUUUAGUUGAAACUGCAACAAAACCAGAAACCUUUUUAUGGAGACCUGCACCUAAUAUGUUUACCAUAGGGGAUGCAGUAGGAGAAAUGAUUGCAUGGCAUUCCGAUCAUUGUAUUGUUCCAACGGCAGGUUUACUAGAGGACAAUGCUCCUAAGGUUAAUUUUCCUCUUCCUCUAUAGCUGAAUCUGAGUCUCAGUCUGAGUCUUUUUAUUCAAAAUUGUUUGUUUUUGUUUUGCAGAGCCCUUUCAGCAGUUCAAAUAACAAAUGCAAACUCAUGGACUACGUACAUAAUGGGGAAGUCGUUGCUGUAGGCCGAUGGCAGACGAAAGAACCACAAACAUUGGUCAAUGGACUUCCUCUUGGUCCAAAUGCAAUAAAAGUGUAUGUGGAUGAGGUAGUAAACCGUGAGCAUACAUAUGGAGGCCUACUGUGGGGAAGACAACUAUGGAGGAUUAUCAGAACUGUUUUGUAGCAUGGCCAGCAAAUAGAGUUGUGUUUGACUCAGAAAUUUCUAAAGCAGGAAGUUCUAUAGUAGGAAAUUCAAAAGCAGUAAGUUCAACUUCUAAGAAUCAAAAGUCUCCACUGAGUGCAAAAGCUACUGAAAAACCUGGAACGAGUGUCAGAGAUCAGUCUAGGAAUGAUGCGGAUUCUCCAUUGACUCCACCAGCUCCCACAAAGAUACCUGCAGCGACAAUGAAAGUUCAGUCACCUGUAAUUCCAGCAUCUCUUCUUCGCAAAUCAGAGGUACUUUCUUUCCUUGAACUACUUGAUUGGUUCUGGUUGUGAUUCCUCAAUAUUGGUUCUUCUUUGUGGUUUGUGGUUUCUGGUUUCUGGUUGCACUACUUGAUUGGUUCAGGUUGUGAUUCCUGAAUAUUGGUUCUGCUGACUGGUUUGUGGUUGCAGCGUAACAAAUUCAAGCCUAAUAAAAAAAUCAAGCUGCUGGACCUGUCCGGAGAUAAGGUGGUCAUCGCUGAAGGACGAUGGUCAUCGAGUAAUCCUGAGCAUCUUGUCCACUUUCAACCUUUGGGGCCUGGUGCAUGUCGAGUCUUUGUGGAUGUUGUGAAGGUUAAAGAUGCUGCUGUGUGGAGGACAUCAUCAGAGAUCGAGUAUAUGGAAGAUGCACUUGGAAGCUGUCUUGCUGGCCAGAGGAUAAAGUUCUACCUGUGAGAUAUGAUCUCGUUUAUCUGUUACAUAAGUGUUGGAAUAUGUCAAACUAAUCAGAUUUGUCUUUCUGUCCAGGUUUAAAAACAUAGCCAAAGGAACCAAACAAUAAGACUGUGUGUGUUUUUAAUGACUCUGUUUUUUAAGACAUGAUCGGUUUUCUGUUUCUUUGUUUCAGAACGUGACUAUGUGUUAUUUGCCCCUCUUGGAUGUUUCUAUGCUUUUUCAAUCUUAACUAAUGUGUUUAUGAUUUCAAAUGUAAGGAUAGCCCAAAAUUAAAAUGUUUAAUCACAACAAAUGCCCAAAAUUAAAUGACCAAAUACAAUUUCAUAUACCAAAGCAAUUUAGGGUUUAGGGUAACGAUAGGGUUGAUUGUGUAGGCUUUAGUUUUUGGGUUUAUGGUAAUGACAGUGUUGAGUGAUUCAUUCAAAAAAAAAAGUUAUGGUGUUUAUUGAAGGUUACCAAAAGAUAAAUAAUGACAAAAUUAAGAAUCAAUUAAGCUUUCCACCACACCUUUGUCUUUGAGGGUUAACGUUUUAGUGUGAAGUUUUAGGGGUUAGUGUAUAAAUUGGUAUACUUUGAGUGUUUAGGAUUUAUAUGUUCACAUAAUGAUGUAUUCUUUGCAUUUUUUAGUUUGUAUUGAUUAUAUGAUCAUUUUAAAAUGUAGAUAUAUCAAAUACAAGUUUACACCAUCCUAAAUCAUCUCAAAAUCGAUCAACAUCUAAGCUGUUCUUACUUAGAACCAUAUUUUCGACAAAUCUAGUGGAGAAAACUAGAAAAAAAAUUCGACUAAUUAUAUCCAUUCGAUGGAGAUGAUUCAACGGUGGAGAUUAGUUUUUUAGGUUAUCCUCGUCCUUGUCUCUCAUUGGUCGACGAGGCUUUUCGGAGGGAAAGCCAAAAUUUCCUUAUUUUGGGAGCCAAAGUAAAUUUUAUUGUCUUUAUCGCCUUCUCUCCUACCCUCAAACCACGACAAAUCUCUCUUAAGCCACCACGAUUCUAUCUCUUAAUCCACCACGAAUCUCUCAUUCCAUCUCAAACCACCACAAAUCUGUGUAAGCCACCACGAUUCCAUCUCAUACCAUCACAAAUCUCUCCGACCUUCUCCACCGCCACCAUUUAGGUUACAGAGUUCUCUGUCCUUACAGAUCCACAAAGAUUUGAAGCCUUACAGAUCUCAAAGAUAUCUCAAUUUCCAGCAACUCUAAUGGAAGCAAGGAAGGUCAUCGUCUGUGCACUCCCGGCAGCCGGAGUGAAACCACAACUCAAACCAGAAAAGACACAAGAAGAAUCAGUCAACACAGCUCCACCACAACGAGGACAGUCCUCACGAGGAAAUGAUGUAGAUGAGAUAACCAGAGCCGAGUUCAGAAGCUACCGGUUGAUACGCAUUGAGGAACCUGAAGAAGACAUCGACCCAGACUACCUGCGCUAUCUCCGAGCAAUAGGUGCCUACGACUCUGCUCCACCACAACAAGGACGGUCCUCAGGAGGCAAUGGUCGUCGCUAAAACAUCGACCCAAUCUUCCUGCAACUCACAAUCCAUGGGUUCUCGUCACUACUAUAAUUACCAUUGCUUCAGUAUGUUGUAUUUGCUUAAGUAUGUUUUGUUAAUUUGCUUCAGUCCAAUGUUUUUCUUUCUUGAAUGUUUGUAAUGCAUGUCUCUCUAAUCUAAAUUUGAAUUUUAAUUAUAUAUAUUUUUAAAAUUUA